AUGAUCUCAACAGUUGAUACUAACCCGAAAGAUUCGCCGCAAUCUCGCGAGAAUCCUGAUUUGAUUCUCCCAAUCGCGGAUCCUCCAGCGUCCCCCCUCCCCUCCCUUUCUACCAUCCCCGGUUCCCGCUUCACCUCAGCCAAUCAGCUCCUCUCGUUCCAGACCCGCCUCACGUGCCUAUCAGCAAACGCCACGUGGCAGCUGGACCAUACUCCCCGCACGCUUCCCUGGUCGCAACCCCACGCGGUCAGUGCUGGUUGGGAGUGUGACGAUAGAUGGAGGAGCGAGCCUGAGCAGAAGAACUCCCGUUAUAAGAAUGUUGCUUUCAAGGAAGCAGAUGAGAUAGCUCUGGCAGGAGGUUCGGCAGAGGAAUGGAAGGUGCGGGAUACGGUGAAGUAUAAGUGGGUUCCUGAAGAGAAGUGUGGGGAGUGGGGAGGGGUGGACAAGGGGAAACUGGCGGAGAAACUGGAGGGGUUGACUGUGCUUAUAGUGGGGGAUUCGACAAACGCAAUGCUGUUCAAGUCUCUGAAGAAUCAUUUCAGGCAGACGUUGAUGCCCGGUAAUGUGCAGCAAGGGGAGCAGCAGCAGCAGCAGCAGCAGGAGCAGCAGGGGGGAUUCCUUGAACCGGCUGAAUUCACUCCUGCAUUCUGCAAGAGCCGCACUAAGAACAGGCUGCUGCAGCAGCGGCCGUACCUGCUUCUGUGCACUGGGGUUGCGCUGGGAAGAACCAAGUUUAUAUUCGUGAGAGAUGAUGUAGUGAGCACUGACUUGCACCUGUAUGUGAAGCUCUCGAAACGGGUUUCUGUACCGUGGCUUGAUGUGAUUGUAAAGGGGGAGGCGGUGAGGGAGAAGCGGAGGAAGGAGCAGGAGAAGAGGAGGAGGGAGGAGGAGAAGAAAAGAUGGCAGCAGGAGAGGCGGAUGCUGCAGCAGGAGGAGCGACAGGAACAGAGAGAAAAGAUGGAGUGGUUGGAGCAGCAGAAGAUGCGGAAAAUGCAGGUGACACAGAGGAGGCAGGUGAAGGAGGAGAGGCAUGAGGAGGGUCUGGAGAGGAAGGAGGAGAAAGGAGAGGAAGAGGAGAAACGGAUGGGGCAGCCGAGACUGUUUGGCUGGCCGUUUUCUGCAACCCCACAAGCUUCUGCGGAAAAAAAUCUGGCUACCAGCAAAACUGGGCAGGAAGACACGUAUUGGCAGUAUUUCCAACGGCAUUUCAGGAAGCCCGCAGCAUCAUUUCCCAACAACGACCCCUUUCCUCCCAUAUCGGUUCUUGUGCUCAACCGAGGGGCCCACUGGUUAGCUCUGCAUAUCAAACGCGCGAUUUGCGCCCACCAUGUCGCCAACCCCCAGCUGCGCCACGUCGACCUCAGCCGCUGGUGUUUCACCCGCUUCGGCAUGAGGCCUGAUCGCAGCACCAUUGGCCGAGUGCUGAAGGAGUCCGAGCGAUGGGCAUCCGCGGCCUCCGACAACAACGCUGUGCGAGUGCGCGGCGGAGCCCAUCCUGAACUCGAGCGGGCGAUGGCGCGCUGGAUCGCCAAUGCUGGCCCGGUUGGCGUUCCGCUUACCCUUGCGACAAUUCGAGAGCAUGUUGCGACCUUGGCGCGCAGCAUGUCCCUGCCGCCGACGUUCCGGUGCUCCAUCGGUUGGGUCCGCCGUGCCUUGCGCCGCCAGGGCGUGAGGUGCAUUGCCGCAUGUGGUGAGGCGGCCGACCAGGACAUUGCCGCCGUCCGUACGACUCAGGAGAAGCUCCCGCAGCUCCUCAUGCACCUCUCUGUUAGGCCUCGCGACACAUACAACUUCGACGAAACUGCACUCUUCAUUUCGGUGCUGCCUCGCAAGACGUACGGCGCUAGCCGUGUGGCGGGCAGGAAGGCAGUGAAAGACCGCCUCACCGUCGGCUUUCUCGUCAAUGCCGACGGCUCGCACUCUUUCCGCCCCUUGGUGAUCUCCAAGGCGAAGCGCCCCCAUGACUUCCGCCCUAACUUUGAUCCAGAGGAGCAUUGCUACUGGCGCAACACAGCCAAAGGCUGGAUGACCUCACCGCUUUUCACCCUCUUCAUCGAGCAGCUGAACACAGCCAUGAAUGCCGAGGGUCGGCAUAUUGUGAUUCUGCUCGACAACGCGAGCAGCCACGUCCUCACGUCGCGAGGCGCCACCUCCGAAGACCUGUUCGGGUUCCGCACGCGCUCUCUCUCGAACGUCCGACUGGUGUAUCUCCCACCGAACACCACCUGCUUCACCCAGCCGCUCGAUCAGGGGCUCAUCGCGAUGGCGAAGGCGCGGUACCGGCAGCAUUGGCUGCGCGCCUUCACCGCCCGCUGGAAUGCGGAAGGAGCUACCUCGUGCGUGGCGCGCUUCAAGCCCAACCUCCGCGACGUCGUGGCCUGGCUCAACGACGCGUGGAAGAACAUCGAGGUGCGCACCAUCCAGCGUUGUUGGUGGCGCACCGGCUGCUUGCCGCGUGCGUGGGCCAUGGACCUUCCACUUGUGGGCGACGACGCCGUCAAUGUGGGCCGAGAUGUGGACAUCGGCCUUGACGAGGAGAUCGGGGAUGUUGGCAUCCUCAUCGAUCGCCUCGGCCUCGGCUCAAGCGCCAUGCCGGCAGCGGCCUUGGUCGCCAUUGACGACAACCAGGCAACCUGCGCAGAGCCGGGCGAGGAUCCGCUCGCGACCGAGCCGCCUACCGCGCCUUCUGCGGAGAUGUGGGAAGCCUCCGCCACCAUGCAAGCCGUCUACGAAGACAGCAACCCCGAGUCCCGCGAGGCACGGCGCUACGCUCGAGCGGCCUCCGAGAUGCUCAUCAGCUACGCGAAGGCAACCGGCAUCACCCCGCGGGACUUGUGCGCGCUCUUCAACAUCCGCAACCCCAUCAUCAGGGCGCGUAUGGAGCGCGCCAGCCCGCCUAUUAAUCUCAACAUGACCCCGCCGCCUGCCUUGCGUGAGGGCGACACGCCAUCGGCCGAGACACCUCGUCGCCGUGGCCGUGUGCUGCCGGCAUGGAUGACGGAGCCCACCCCAUCGUGGGUGACUAUGGCUCAGCAGGCGGCGCGCCGCCAGGAGCUGAUUGACGGCGCUGUGCCGGCCGUCAUGGGAGGCUACCUGGCAGCCGCCGAAUGGAUGCGCCUGUGA